AUGACCCCUAGCAUUACCGAAGGGGGGCCCAUCGCCCCCUACGAAGGUCGGGACCCGACCCGGCCCCGAUUCGAAAUCAAGCCCGAUUCUGCCGAUUCUUCUACGGACUUCUAUCGUAGGAAGUACUUUGCCGCCGCAUCGGGCGACGGUGUCAAAGUCGAAAAUGAAAUCGCUCAUCUUCUGCUGGCGCUUGUACCGCAUCCUUGGAGCUUCUUCGCAUUCUUCAGCAAUGAUCCCAUGAAGUUCCAAGGAUAUUUCGCCGACACAGAGCCGCUGCAGCAGGGGUCGAGGGAGCGGGAGCGCGCUCAAGGGACUUUAAAGUCGUCCCGUCUGCCCUCGGACGAGCCCACUUCUCGCACUUCUCCCGCACAUCAUUCCCUCUCCCCCCGCCGAUCCGAUACGCUGAUCCAAACCCUCAUUGAAGCCGCCAACGCCAAUUCGCUAGGGACUCGACAAGUUGCUCACACUUCUUGCUUGCUCUCACGAAUCGAUCGCCAUACAUAG